AUGAGUUCGAACAGUACGUUCGGAUUCUGGGCGACAUUGCUACGGCGGGGAAGAUACUCGUCCAGAGUCGUAUCACCGGAAAUCACUGUCGGGGAUGCGGAGAGUGGCGCACGAGCUUCGUAUCUCGUCCGGGUCCUGGACAAAGUGACGGUGGCGGCCAGAGAAGGGCCGCUAGAGCUGCCUGCAUUGGGCCUUCAGUUGUCUGAGGCAUGUAAGGAGGCCGCAAACGCAACACUGGAAAAAAAGCAGGUUGUGCCUUCCUCAUCCUUUGAAAGCUCUGAUCUUUUAAGGACCUACCACGGCGCAGACUUCUCCCUACAGCAGGGCGUGACCUUCUCUAAAAGCUCCAGUCCCAACAUGAUUGCCACGUCACCGACUAUCCGCCUGAGUGACGAGGCGCUGACACUCCCCAAAAGGGUGACACCCUACUCUUUCGCCAACACCACUACUUCCAGUUCUACCGCGGUCCAUUCCGCACGGCUGCGCCCCUCCCCUCCUCGCCAGAACGCCCCCUUGCCGAUCGCCCCCGCUUCAAUCUUUAUUAAGACUUAUCAUUAAUCAGUAUUAUAAUUAAUCAGUAUUAUAAUUUAAUAUUGUUUAUGUUUCUGUUUGCUAGACUUAUCUGAGAGCACUACUUUAUUAAUUUAUCGAAAGAAGUGUGCACAUUGGAAUUAUAAACUGCUGUGUUUCACAUACACAAAAAUGAUACUAUAUCAAUUUAAAUUUUUUUAGUCA